GUUCGGCUUCUGGUCAGUCCUAAGAUUCUUCCUCAAAGCUGCGUGAACCGGCCAUGUGGGGUCGCAGUGGCGGAAGAAGAGGAGAUCCUGACGAUGAUGACCGCUGGUCCACUGGUGGCAAUGACCGCGGGGUGGACGAGCUCUUUGGGUUUGGAGAACCGGAGCCCGGAGCUGGGCGCAAUUUGGGAUGGGGCGUGAGCGAUUUGGCGCUUCCGGGCGUCGGCGUGGGAGGCUUCGGACGUGGUGGAGGCGUCAGCUUCGGAGGUGUCGGAUUUGAUGACGAGAGCGAGGACGAGACUUGGUGGGGUGGCUGGGAGGCGGAAGACGAAGGUGAGCUUGGUGAAUGGAAAUGGGCCAUGGUGGUCGUCAAAGAGGGCGAGCACAAGAAGAAGACGGGCAUCGUCACUGCCAUUCACGGCCACUGUCCACGUCACAAGCAUCCCUUGGAAAAGAUCAAGGAAGAUGAUGAUCCGUGGGCGGAUGAACAGGUCAAGGGGGAGCCCAAGGAGGAUAAGAAGCAGAAGAAGAAGAAAGGUCCUCGACUGGAAUGUGAGAUGUGUAAGGCGGCUAAGAAGAAGGACAAGGCGUCGGCCGAGGCGGCAGAGGAUGGUAAACCCAAGCCGGUGGCCUUCGGAUGUGAGGACUGCAACUGGUAUGUCUGCGCAGAUUGUCAUGGAAAGAAGGGCGAGAAGCAGUGGCAGUGCAUGCUGCAGGUGGAUCUCCGCGAAGGCUUCGAGGUCCACCGCGAGUGGUUCGCCGUGGAUCACCUGCGGCUCUUCGCCGAAGCGGAAGAUGACAUGGAUUUGGAUGAUGAUGAUGAGAAGGAGGACGUGAACCUCGCCAAGAAGUUCUAUCCCGACCUGGUGGAGGGUCAGGUCAUCAAGGCGUCGUUGAGCUCCGCCGGGCGCUGGGGCUUCACCACGCGCUUCAUGUACGACGCCGUGGUGACCCGGUGCCAGGAGGAUGGAAGCUACGACGUGAAGUUCCACGAUCAGCUGCUGGGGGAGAAGAAAGGUCUCCCAAUCGAGGAGUUGGAAAGCCUCUUGACCUUCGAGGCCUCUGGACUGGGCUUGGAUCCCUCCAGGAACUUCUUUGACUUCCGGUUUAACAGCCUGCCACGGGGCGUCCAGACCAGUGGCAAUGGAGUGGAACUGAAACCGGCCGGUGAUUCAGGCGGCUCCAUCCUUUACAUGAAGCCAGCCUCGUAUCUCUCCAUGCCGUUGGAGGGUCUCGCCCCGGGCGGCGCUGGCUCCGGAGAGGACCACGUGAAGUACACCUUGAGCUUGGAGUUGAAGCUCCCUCUUCAGAGGUCUCAGCAUCCCGUGGCACUGGUGCAGGCGUCCUGGCCAGAAGUGUCAGGCUUGCCACAGCUGUCGGCGGUGGCGGACGCCUACGUUCCCGUGCACCCGGCUGACCGGGACUACGCAGAGGAGCCACCCGAGCCGGGCACCACCUGGUCGUGGCACCUCCAGUUGGGCAACGUGGUGCUGAGCCGAUCGGAGCUGCGGCCGGGGAGGUGGCAUGAGAUCACAUUGGUGGUGAACUGCAAGGAGGGCCGUGCCUUUGUGACUGUGGACGGAAAGCAGGUCCGCGACGACCAGGGCGAGAGUUGGGUGGUCAUCGGUGAAGGUGCAGGCAAGUCACCCUUGGCCAUCAAGCGGGGCGGAUUCCUCCUCUUCGCUGCAGCGGAGGCCUCGUGGAUGCCGGGCGGAUGCUUCUUGCGACGGUGUUCGUUCCAGAGUGACUGCCUGUCAAUGAAGCAGCUCGAACAGGUGCGAUACCAAAACCGCUCGGCUUCGGCCAAGAUCCGUGACUAUCUCAAGGAGCAGCUUCCUCAGCAGGAACUCUCCUUGACGCCGAUCCUUCGCCGGAAAGCCAUGCCUCUGUGGCGCUCGGAUUGGUUCUUGGCGGAGUUCGGACAGAAUGUCUACCCAUCGGACUCCGGGGCUCCGCUCACGACCUUCCAGGUCUUCAUCCUGGCGGCCGAGAAGAUCUUCCAGACCUCGCCGUCGCCGGCGAGCAUCGUGGGGUUGAUGAGCGAGACCAUGCAGAAGGAUGCAGCAGGCACGGUCGCCCUCAUCAAGGCCGCGGAGCCGCUCUACCGGCGUUUGAACAACUGCUUCGAAUCUCCGGAACCUCAGGUGAUCGUCUUCUACCUGAAGGCUGUGAAACAGCUGCGAAGCAAGAUGGCCAAUGUGGGAGAUGCCUGCAUCAUCCCGUUGGCGCUCGGCAACGCCAUUGUGCCCCUACUCCUCGAGCGGAAGGAAGAGAAAGGCGCGCCUUGCUACCGGAUGACCAUUUGCAACGGCGGGGAUGGCACCAUCUACCACCGGCAGUCCGCGCGAAGCCCGCCAAAGCUGAAGUAUCAGACAUGCAUGAUCUUCGAUGGCAUUCCCUGCGAACGCGCGGAGGACGAAGCUUUCUGGACCACGAUGGUCACCGCGUGUCUCAUCUCCUCCGAGAAGGCACCGGAAGAGCUCUUCUACGACACCUUCCUGCCCUACCUGAUGAACACUCCUGCCGUGGUGGAUGUGCUCUACCCCAAGAAGCCUCCGGCUUCGGGGGUGGAGGCUCCAGAGACGGACUUCCACUCGGUGCCCCAGGUCUUUGGGCCUUGGCGCAGCUUGACAUUGCUUUGGAAGCAUUUGUUGAGGACUCGUGCGGGCCUCUCCAAGCAGCAGGUGAAGUGCUUGAAAUGGGAGCUCCGAGCGAGCCUGAUCUCCAUGAGCGUGCACGAUCUGAAAGCGUCCAAGGGCUUGGACACCACCGACGUGCGGCUCUUGAAGCUGGGCUGCGGCUCGAUGUCCUUCGCCGCGGUGCGCAACCACACCACGGCUACCGACAGCCGCCCGGACGAGGAUACCUUGAGUCUGCCCGCGAGCACGAAGUCUCUUUGGGAGUGCCGUCGCCUGGUGGACGCGGUGGAGAUCCUUUGCGCACAGAAGCCCCGGACCUACGAAGGGCAAGAUGGAAGUGGAGAAUUCGCAAGCUAUCUUGACCUGGACACGGGGGAGGAGAAGAUGAGCCAGAGUGCCGUCUUUCCCUUCUUUGACCGCUUGCUCCGGCAGGAGGUCUUCCCUGGGCGUCCCAAGGGUGUCGCCGAGCAGCUGCCCAUCGACCUGCUGGCACUACCGGAGAAGGUGAGCUCCAUGACGGAGCUCUUCCGGACGCUGCGCAUCGCCGAGGAGAUCUGCCUGAAGCUCUCCUUCAUCAGUCGGGAACGGUGUGAAUAUGCGCCAUACCUGUUAGUUUGUCUUCAACAGCACCUCUUCACGAAGCUGCUGCCCUUGCCGCGUGGACCCUUCUCAUCGAAGUUGGAGGAGUGUGAUAUCUGGGGCGGCUGGGAUGGCUCGCACCCCACGGUGACGCGGCCCAUGCAGCUGGACAUGCUGCAGGUCUUGGGACGCCUCGUGGAGCUGUUCGUCUGCGCCUCUUUGGAGAUGCGUUGCAAGCAGCACACGGCGCGCACCUUUGACGCGGUCAAAAUCACGGUGUUGAGCGCCUGCGCCGCCAUGGCAGAUCGCAUCGUGAGGAUUUGGCCCAUGGACGACAGGCUCUUCAAGAGUGAGGAGAGGCCCUCGGAGCUCACGAAGGCCCUGCACGAAGGUCGUUUCGCCAUCGAUGCGGCGGCCUUCGUGACGCAGUCUGAAACCAUGGAGGCCUGCUUCCAGGAGUUGUCCAUCACCCGUGCGGCCAGCGUCGCUUACUUCCACGAGGUGACACAGCACUACAAGGCCAAGACGAAGAAACGACCGGCUUUGGCUCCCGCGACCGGUGGGGUCUGUGGUUGGGAGAAGGUGGCUGGAUGGCAGGUCUCGGUGCAGGUGAACUUGGACCGCCGGCGUACGGUGAUCUUUGACUAUGCCAUGCACAAGUGGGGCAUGUGGGUGGUAGGAGAGCGGGGCACCAUUGCGCUGGUGGAGCGCAUGGCGGCCACGAAGCUCUUGAUGGAUCCAAACCCACAGAAUUUGGUGAGUGGAAACAACGUCAUGAUGCCGCACAUUUGGCCCGAAUUCCGCGCCUAUCGAGACAUCGUCUUCUGGUGGAAGUACUUCCUCUGCACCGAUGUCCGCGUCUUCCCGGAGCCGCGCCAGUUCCACCCGGCCGAGGCCAUCGCCCGGUGGUCCGUGGCACAAGACGACGCCUGGGACAAAGGACGUCAGUACUUCAAAAUCACCGCCUUGGGAAAGGAGCGUUCAGACGAAGCGAUCGACAACGUGGUGUGGCUCAACGAGCGCAAUCCCCCGCAGCCGCCGGCGUCCGGGCAUCGCUGGCCGUCGCCCGCGCUGCCGGCGAUGCACACCAAGGGUGAGGUGCGUACGGAAGAUGACCUGCUUUACCAGAGGUCGUUGCCGAACUUCGCGGACGAGAAGACGGGGCGCCCCAUGCUGCGGCCCUCGGACAGCGAGGCGCUCCUGUCGUAUCUCACGGUGCCCUACCUUCGUCAGCCUUUGCUGCUGAGCUUUUUCACCACACAGGAUCGCUCCAAUUGCCUGCGCCAGGGGACCUUACAGAAGAUCCUUCAAGCAACCAUGCUGGAGCCGGGGAGGCUGCUGUAUCCCGAAGAUAUGCAGAAGAUCCCCGAGUAUGUGCCGGCCAUCGCUGAAGAGGAACACUUAGUCGCCUCACCCUUCAGUCAGAUCUUGACAGAGCUGUCACACGGCCCCUCACAGAUCCUCACCGCUGUUGGAAAGCUGAUGGCCUUGACCUUGAGCUUGGCCACGUCGGUGACCUCCGAGACGGUGCCCGCCAUCCUCUUCGCCGUGCGCCUGGCCGUGCGCGUGGAAUCCGCCGCCGCGGUGCUCAUGGACCAUGCCGAGGGCCGUGUGGCGCGCGCGUGGCCGCGGCUCACGGUCACGCCACACGUCUUGGAGGACCGCUAUUCGGCUAGUGCCGACAAAAGGAAUUCAAGUCUCUAUAGUGCUUGA